UGUAACACAGACACAACAAAGCUCAGUCGAGUCAAGGAAGUGGACAGCUUCUCCUCUCUACUUUAAGACCUUUUUAUAGCGAAAUCGAAGUCGACACUGAAAAUCGAAAAGUAUGGGUGCGGUGCUGGGUUUAUGCAGCGCAGCCCAGCUGGCUUGCUGCUGUGGAUCAGCUGCAUGCAGCUUGUGCUGUUCAGCUUGUCCAUCAUGUAAAAACUCCACCUCCACACGCAUUAUGUAUGCUGUCAUGAUGCUGAUGGGGACGAUUGUGGCCUGUAUUAUGCUCUCUCCAGGACUGGAAAAUUCUCUUAAGAAGGUGCCGUUCUGUGGUGAUGGGGAUGGAGAUAUGACCGACGCUGUGAAACUGGACUGUACUGGGGUGGUUGGCUACUUGGCAGUGUACCGUUUAUGCUUUGCAAUGUCCUUAUUCUUCUUCUUCAUGGCGCUCAUCAUGGUUGGGGUCAAGUCGAGUAAGGAUCCUCGCACAGCAAUUCAGAAUGGAUUUUGGGGUCUGAAAUACCUGAUAUUGAUUGGUGCCAUCAUUGGGGCCUUCUUCAUCCCAAGAGGAGAGUUUGGACAGGUUUGGAUGUACUUUGGCAUGAUUGGAGGAUUUCUCUUCAUCUUGAUUCAGUUGGUCCUCAUCAUUGACUUUGCACACUCCUGGGCAGAAGCCUGGGUGGACAAGUAUGAGGAGACAGAGAGCAAAGGAUGGUACGUACAUGCUCUUAUCUUCUUCACUUUCCUCAACUAUGCCGUGGCCAUCACUGCUGUUGUUCUCUUCUACUACUACACAACUACUGAGAGUUGCAGUCUUCACAAGUUCUUCAUCUCCUUUAACUUGAUUCUGUGUGUGAUCAUCAGUAUCUUGAGCAUCUUACCCAGGAUCCAGGAGUCUCAACCUCGUUCAGGACUUUUGCAGGUGCCUCUGGUGACCCUGAGUCUGGGGAUGGACAUCAUGUGUGGGACAACGAGGAUGAUGGCGUGGCAUACUCCUGGUCUUUCUUCCACACAAUGUUUGGCUUGGCCACACUUUAUGUCAUGAUGACGCUUACCAAUUGGUUUACUCCUAAUUCUGACCUGCUCACACUCUCCAGUAACAUGGCUGCUGUCUGGGUCAAGAUUGUGUCCAGCUGGAUCUGUCUUUGCCUGUAUCUGUGGACCUUGGUUGCCCCCAUCAUCCUUGUCAACCGUGACUUCAGCUAGAGGCUCACGCCUCAACUGUCAGCAGAGGUUCAUCAAUUAAUACUAUGUGACAUUGCCCCAAACUUGUCUCAAAAUUUUUUAGUCUCCAAUCUAUUGGUUGACUUGAUGGAUUGUAAACCAAAGAUUGGGGAAAUGUAUUUGAUUUCUUUUUAACUUUAACUGAUCUCAAUCAUGGUUUCAAAAGUUUAAACAAGUUGCUGAAAUUCAAAAGGAAAUGUUUUUUUCCAAAGAGAUAUAAUUUGAUGCAGCUUAGAUUAGGUUCUGUAAUUCUAGUAAAGACUUUUUUUACUUUUUGUUUAUAGAAAAUCAGAAUUCAAACUAACAUGAGUAGAUCCAAAAGAUAUAUGGUGUGCUGUAUACAGUAUUGUAAUCUUGAAUUUUAACAUAUUUGUGAAAUGUGAACCAUUAAAGUAUGAAGACUGGGUUAGGCAGAAGGUUUACUAACACGUUCUGCUAAAAACAACUUUGUGUCAAAUUCAGUGGAGAUACUCUGUUGUGAAGGUAAUACUGUCAGGGGUGGGUUCUGGCAAUUGUACUUGUAAAUAAGUGAAAAAUAACAUACUAUGCUAUUUUGUCCAUAUGGAAAGUUAGGGUGGUGAUUUGUGUUGUGAAUGACGGAUUAAUAUAGAAAUUAAUCUACCAUUACAAAUUAAGUUUAUCCAAUACUACAGCUUUUUAAGAGGUAAACAGUAUUUGCUAUGAAUAUUAUUAAGAGCGGAUGAAUGAGAUCUUACAAUGCUGCAGGAAAUUGCUUGAAAGCUUAAAAAAAAAGUUCUAAUUAAUAAACAUUUUUCCAAAGUUUCAUUACAUGCAGCUUGAUUAAAAAACUAUUACCAUUAAUGUGGAAAGUUUUGUGACUCAUUGUGUUGUAAGGCUACACUUAUUAUUUAUUUUUACUCAGUAUUUUUCUUUUAAUAUCAUUAUCAAAUUACACCUUGUUACAGGAUUACUCAUUUUUAUUUAUUUUAUUAAUUAAUUUAAUUCUUUUUGGGGGGGGUGGGAACUGAAAACACAUGAAUAUAUUUCACUGAUUUAGAUAAGAGAAAUAUGGAUGAUUUGGUGAUUCAAGGUAUGAAUAUGAGGCUGUUAAUUAAGCUGAGAAAAGUGGAAAAGUGGUGUGCCAGGGAUUGGGGAUGUUCUUUAUACAGUACUUUGUAUUUGGUGUUAUACAUACAGUACUGACAUAUUUAUCUAGAUUGCUUUUUUAUGACUAAAUUGAAUACCUCGUAUGAUUUAUAUGUAGGUACUGUAUACUGUAUAAGAAAAAAGAUAUGCCUAUCAAUUAAUGCUUUCAUGUGAAACAUUUGUGCUUUAAAAGUUUUAAGAUUUGCUUAAAAUAAUUUUUUUUAAUUGAUGAUGCACGCUUCACUGAUAUUGCCGCCAAUUGCUGUUUUACGUUUUUGUGCCGUGAUCCAAACUAUGUGGUUUGAUGUCACUGGGUAAUAUUUUAUAAUUUUUUAGACCUAAAAAUUUCAAUACAGCAGAGGUAGCCACAGAUUUGUAGUGCAGCAUUCAGUUUAAGGGUUAAUAAUGUGCUUGUUCUGUUUUGAAGUAUAUUGGCUUUUAUGUGUAUAUUUGAAUGUUGUCACUGCCCAUAUGUUUACUUUAGUCUUACAGUUUGUUAAAAGCAAAAGUAAUCUUGGUCUUUUCAGUUCAGGCUGACCUCUGUGAAACAUAUUAUCUCUGGUAGCAGACCCUUACUCAGUUUACUCACAUAAAUUUUUACCACUUGUGUGAGGACGUCAGGAGUAGAAAUACAAAGAUGUGGUGAAUUAUCAUUUUAGAAGAUUUUGUCAUUUAUGGAAAAUGGCUCCUCAAACACAAA